GACUUUUAACAUUAAUCAGUCCGAAUCAAAACAUUUAACUAACCAAUUUUUUUUUUAAAGUUAUUCAAUUUCUCUCUGUUUUUGUUCUGUUUUUGCAGAAGAGAGAAUUUUAUGUGAGAUAUCAUGACAGUAACUAGUGCUAGAGAUGAUCAUCAAUAUGAAGUACCUUUGUUGAAUAACACAGAAGAAAUUAUUCAUAGAAUUGAGGAUGAUUUGGAUGGUCAUGAGGAUCAAGAGGAUGUUGAUUAUAUGGUGGAUUACAGAGGAGAAAGAAUAGUUUUUGAAAAUAACAAAUCAAAAUUUGGUGGAUGGAAAUCAGCUGGUUUAAUAAUUGUAGUUGAUAUUGCAGAAGGUAUGGCAUACUAUGGAAUUUCGUCAAAUCUCAUCAAUUAUCUAACUGGCUCACUAGGCCAAUCAACAGUUACAGCAGCAGCAAAUGUUAAUACUUGGAUUGGAUUUAUAUGGAUGCUUCCUGUUUUGGGUGCUGUUAUUGCUGAUUCUUAUCUCGGAAAAUUUCGUACUAUCAUCUUCUCCACUCUCAUUUAUGUUCUGGGACUCGGAUUGUUAACCUUAUCAGUUGUGCUUCCUUCUCUUAUAGGCUCGCUCGACUGCGUUGAUAACAAUAGUAUCUUUUGCAAUUACCCUUCUUUUCAAGGCAUCUUUUUCUUCUUUUCAUUGUAUUUAGUAGCUUUUGGGAGAGCUGGAUUUAAACCAUGUGUACAAGCAUUUGGAGCAGAUCAGUUUGAUGCAAGAAAUCCAGAGGAAUGCAAGUCCAAGAGUUCAUUCUUCAAUUGGUGGUAUUUUGGGUUAUGUUUUGGUAGUAGCAUUUCUCGGUUGUUCUUGACUUAUAUUCAGGAUAAUGGGAGCUGGGGUCUUGCAUUUGGCAUUUCAUUCAUUUCUUUGGCAGUUGCACUGAUUGUUUUCCUGCUAGGCACGCAGACUUACAGAUACAGUGUGAAGGUGGAAACAGUAAACCCCAUAUUCAGAAUAACACAAGUAUUUGUUGCAGCUGCGAAAAAUUGGAGACAAGACCCUCCACUGGAUACAGUCCAAAACGAGGAAAUCCAGAAGUCUCCUUUACGAAUCGGUGUUCAUCAAUUCAAGUUUCUGGACAAAGCGCUAAGCAAACUGCCAGAUGAUCCGACUACUAUGACUAAAAAUGGCACAAAAUGUAGCAUUUCUCAAAUAGAAGACGCGAAGGUGAUACUACGGUUGGUUCCAAUAUGGAUUUCCUGCCUAAUUUAUGCAAUUGUCUUUGCCCAAUACUCUACCUUCUUCGUUAAGCAAGGAAACACAAUGGAUAGAUCAAUUGGAACAAGUUUUAAGAUCCCUGCUGCUUCACUUCAGAUUCUAUUAAGUAUAUCAGUUUUUCUAUUCAUCCCCUUAUAUGAUUGUGCCUUCAUUCCUUUUGUUCGUGUUUUCACUGGCAAGCCUAAUGGCAUCACAAUGCUUCAGAGGAUUGGUGCUGGAAUGUUGGUGUCCGCAUUAUCCAUGGUUGUUGCAGCAGUAAUUGAAAAGAGAAGGCUUCUUGUUGCUGUAGACUACGGUUUGAUGGACGAGCCAGAAGCAACCGUUCCUAUGAGUGUGUGGUGGUUGGCUCCACAAUAUAUUAUGAUUGGACUUGCUGAUGUCUUAACUAAUGUUGGUCUGCAAGAAUUUUUCUAUGACCAGGUGCCAGAUAGUUUAAGGAGCAUAGGGAUCUCCCUUUACUUAAGCAUCCUUGGAGUAGGGAGCUUCCUCAGUGGAUUUCUCAUAUCAGCAAUUGAGCGCAUAACUGGGGGAAGUAAUCACUACAGUUGGUUCUCGAAUAACCUCAAUCGAGCUCAUCUUGAUUACUUUUAUUGGCUUUUAGCAGGACUCAGUCUAAUAGAGUUGGCUGCUUUUUUAUACUUUUCAAAAACUUAUCUUUAUAAACGGGGAACCUCGCCGUGAUGUUUUUAUGAGCCAAUUUUAACUAUCUAUUCCUUCCUUUAUUUUCUGGAAACAAUUUGUACAAUCUAUAUCGUGAAACUUUCGAAAUCCAACCAACGAUUAGUGAUGACCAA